UUAUCACUAACCUGUCAAUGUUGUUACACUAUCCAGAUUCCAGUGUACCAGUACAUAAGUGUAUAAUCUAUGAUCCAGUGUUUUGUUAAAAAAUAUAGUUAUCGAAAUUUACUUUUAUUUGUAUUAUUCAUUCACUUUAUCGUCGUUUUGUCGUGUAUCUUUUCAAAUUAUUUUAUUAACCCAUAAAUAUGUCGGAAUGGGUCAACGAAAACUGUGUGUCGUUUUUCCAACUGUUAUGUAUUAAAAUUGUUAAAACUGGCCGAGUGCCCCAGCAUAUAGCAUUCAUUAUGGAUGGAAAUCGUCGAUAUGCAAAAAAAGUUAGUGUAAAAACCAGUGAUGGACAUUCGAAAGGAUUUGAUAAACUAUCGGAAACCUUGAAGUGGUGUCUUGAUCUUGGUAUACCCGAAGUUACGGUUUACGCAUUCAGUAUAGAAAACUUUAAGAGAAGCAAAGAAGAAGUAAAUGCACUUAUGGACUUAGCUCGUGAAAAAUUUCAACGAUUACUGGAUGCUAUUGAUCAAAUAAAUGAAUGGGGGGUGCGUAUACACAUUGCGGGAAGAAUGUCCCUACUACCAGAAGAUUUUCGUGCAAUGGUUGCAAAGGCUAUGGUUGCAACAAAACAAAAUAACAAGCUUCGUCUGAACAUUGCAUAUGCUUAUACAGGCCGUGAUGAAAUCAGCAGAGCAACUUCACAUAUAAUCAGCGGAAUACAGAAUAAUGAAUUAACUACCGAUGACAUUGAUGAAGAUUUAGUGUCUCAGGCUUUAGACCUGGGACAUGCAGAACUUUUGAUAAGAACAUCUGGAGAAGUCAGGUUAUCUGAUUUUAUGCUGUGGCAGACACCAAACACAGUGCUGUAUUUCACAAAAGUUUUAUGGCCAGAGUUUUCAAUUUGGAAUUUCUUGGCGGCAAUCAUACACUACCAAAGGCAUGCUCCACCUCCAUUGCCAGAAAAAGAAAACAACCAACAUCAAGAGACUUUUUUACAGAAAUUGGAAGACAAGAAGUGGCAAGAAUUAAAAAAAAUUGUAGAAUGUACAUAGUGAAUAAACUAUUUAUGAAAUAAAGCAAAUGGAUUUAGAGGAAAGUUAAUUGCCAUUCAUAGACUUUGUUAUAAAACAUACCUAAAUAAAAUUAUGCAUGUAUGCACUUAAAACUGUAUCUAAAAGCAGUAAUUCUUGAAAAAAA